AUGUCGGAGCAACUGCGACAAAUACAGCCGAUGGACUGCGGAUGUAGUGGCAGCAAGAGAAACAGGUGGCAUGAACGCCCAGAGAAUACUGAUUUUGGUAUCUCCAGGAAAAACCGCCAAGGAUUUACUACAAUAAAUCAAUCAAUUUAUAUUAAUGAUCCUCAUAUGAUGGCCGAGUGGCACAUUUAUGCCUCAGGGCCAAACAAAAAUCCAGAUGGGCAGAAAUUUUGGAGGGGAGAAGGUGUCCCCUAAGGCCAAACUAAAGUUAGAAAAACGAUUUCCGAGGCAAACAAUUCUCGAGCGACACAGGUCUACUGACGUAUCUUGGUGCAUGGAUGUCACAAGAUAAUGAGGAUGGAGAUUUAAGAGAGGAAGAAGUAAUCAAUUUUGCUUGUUUCUUUGUUUCUGAGCUGCGUUCUGUCAAAAUACCAUGGUCUUUGAACGUUCUAGAUCGCUAUUAUGAUACGAAAGAAAAUACAUGGUAA